CAUUCUCCAUCAUCAGUCAAACUGGCUCUUUGAUCUCUCCGGCGAGAUUCCGACCGAAAACAAAGUAAAAGAGAGAAGAACAAAUCUGAAAAAAGAUGAACACGAUAGCGAAGCGAGUUACGGGAUUCAUGACUCGGAACCACCAGUUGCAGCAGGAGCGAGGGAUAAGAGUGAAGGUGUUUUCCAAUGAUCUUGACAAAGCAUUGACGAUUUUGCAGAAGAAGAUGCAAUCAAGUGGAAUGGAGAGGCUUAUCAAAGGGACUCAGACUCAUCACAUUAAGAAUUCGGAGAAGAAGGUUCUCGCUAGGAAGAAUCUUGAACGCAGAAUCAAAUCCAUUGACUUUGCUCGCAAACUCCAAUCCAUCCUCAUCAAGAAAGUCAGAGGUUUAUGAGAGCUGAGUGGAAGCAACAGUGCUGCUAUAACCAUUCAUCGUUUUCUUUCCAUUAAGUUUUCGGGGAAUUAAUGUUGAUCAGUACUAGUAUGUGUGUGUGAUAUAACACAGUUUUACAUUUUGAACUUUUGAUAAUGGAAUCAAUGUGGAAUUGGUAU